AUGACUGAUGAAAAAAUAAUCCAUAAGCGUUAUGAUGAUUUAAUGAGUCGAUUUGAAGAUUAUAGUAGUACUAUAAAUGAGUUAUAUAUGCUGAAAACAGAUGAUGAAGAAGAAAUUCAGAAACUUUUCGAAAAGAUCAAAACAAAACUCAUUGAAACUAAUAUAUUCACAGCAUCACAGAUUAUAAACGAGAUCAGUAUCAUCAUCCAGUUCAGGAAUCGAUAUCUUAAGUCAUACUUUUCUCUUUUCAAGGUUCUUUACGAUGAGUACAAACCUCGAGAAGAGAUUCCUGCUAUUUUCGUAUACCUUCUCUCCAAGGACAGCAACAACCUCAUCAGCACACACUGUGAGAAAGAAUUCACGCAGUUCGAAGAAGAGAAAGUUAGUUUUGAAGUUCAUGAAAAAGGAAGUGUCUUCCGUUCCAUCAUGGACGAUGACUUACAAUCUCUGAAAACUUAUAUGGACAACCAAGGCUUUGAGACUAAAAUCAAACUUAGAAGUUCUCUUUAUCCGUACACAUUCAACGGAAUCUCUCUCAUCGAACUUUCUUGCUACUACGGAUCUCUCCUCUUUUUCAACCUCCUCAAGACUAAGUACAACAUGCGUGUCACAAACACAUGUCUCAGUUUCUCAUUUCUUAGUGGCAACCAGUUCAUCAUCGACGAGUGCUUGCGCCACCAGACACCUAACUCAGAGACAAUGCGCUAUGCGAUCAUCUCUCACAACAUCGAAUACGUCACAAGUCUGUUUGACGAAUACGGCAUCAUGAUCGACUUGAGCAACUGCUCUAAGUACAAGAACAUCGAAGCACUUGCCGCACACUAUGAGAUCACAGGCGACAUCCAAUCAUGCUGCUACUACUCAUUCGGAUUCUGUCUCCAACCACUCGUCCAAUACUUCAUCUCUUUAGGUGCAGAUCUCCAAUCGACAAUGAACAUGUUCACAGAUUCCAACAAACAACUCAACACGCGCGAAACAUCACUACCAUCAACAUAUUCAUCUAAUUCUUCAGAUAAUUCUAAAGGAACUAGCAUAUUUGAAACAACCAAACUCAUAUCAGCGGUUGCUAAGAACAACAAAGAUGAAGUCGAAUUUCUUGUCAAGCAUGGCGAAGAUCCGAAUUCUAAAGAUGGAUUUGGCUUGGCUGCUCUUCACUACGCAGUUCGCAAGAGAAGCAAAGAUAUAGUCGAAAUUCUUCUCUCGAAUGAUGCAAAUAUUGAAAUUAUAAAUAAUUACAAGAACACUCCUCUCUUUAUUGCUGCUGAUAACAAUUACAAAGACAUUGUAGAAAUUCUUGUUGAACAUGGUGCCGAUAUGAAUGCUAAAAACAGCCUAGGAAUCACCCCUCUAAUAAGCUCUAUUAGCAAUAAUCGCAAUGAUAUAGCAAAAUACCUCAUAGAACAUGGUGCUGAUGUCAACAUGACUAGCAUUUUAGGGCAGAGUCCUCUUCAGCGAGCUUUUGAAAAUCAAAACAUAGAAAUAGUUGUGUUACUCAUCAAACAUAGUACGAAAAUUUCUGAAGAAGAGAUAAAGGAAAUCUUUCAGUAUGCAGUUAAAAACAAAUGUCAAGAAAUCAUCAAGUCUAUUAUUUCUCAGAAUUCGAACAAAGUAUCUUUGGACAAUUCACUUGAUAAAUUUUCUCUUCAUGAUGCAGUUAGUAAAAAUGAUGUUGAAAUGGUUAAAUUCCUUAUCUCAAUCGGAACAAAUAUUAAUGAAACAGAUGACAACGGGGAAUCUCCUCUUUGCAAAGCAAUAACAAACAACAACAAAGAAAUUGUUGAAAUUCUAAUUUCAAAUGGAGCUGUGCUCAAAACUCCUCUUCCAAAUAAAAAUAACUGUGUCAGAUUUGCAAUAGAAAACAACAUGUGCGAAAUGAUCGAAUUUCUUAUCUCAAAUUGUAUCAAACUUGAAGGAAAUUUCCCAUACAAUGGAAAUGUGCUUCACUUCGCGAUUCAAAAGGAAAUGAAUGAAAUUGCAAAAAUACUAAUCAAUCAUAAUUUCAACAUUAAUGAAGUUGAUUUACUCGGUAAAACUGCAUUGCACUAUUCCGUUGAGAAUGAUAUGCUAGAUAUAACAGAGCUUCUCCUUGCUCAUGGGGCAGAUAUUAAUUCGAAAGAUGUAGAUGGAAACACUGCUUUACAUAAUGCUGUUCGUGAAAACAACUAUUAUAAAGUCAAAUUCCUAGUUUCGCAUGAUAUUAAUGUAAAUGCAACGAACAACAGCGGUAUGACUGCUCUUCACAUUGCUGCCACAACCAAACAAUCGCAAGAUAUCGUAGACAUUCUUAUAAAUAAAGACAUUGACAUCAAUGCAUCUGACAAAUUUGGUAAUACAGCAAUUGAUUAUGCCUACAAACAGGAUUUGACUGAAGUUAUUAAUAAGCUUGAAUAUAGAGGCGCAAGAACAGGAAAUGAUAGAUGCAUUUGCUGCAUCAUUAUAAUUUUUUGUUUUCUACUAUUUUUGGUUAUACCAGCAUUUUUUGAUAAUCAAAAAUAA